GUCUCUUCGUAACACAAUGAAAAUCAUAUUCCGAGCGCGAAAUACUCGUACCACCUUACGAUACUGUGUAUCACGUUUGAGCAGUUUACUUGGAUUCAACCGUUCCCUGAUGCAAACUGCUUCGCUCCAACAGUCAGCGAGUUGGUGUUUCAGCAGUCCAAUAGGUGACCGAAUUCCGGAUCAUUUGAACGAUUUUGCUGGCAAAUUGUUCGAAGGAGAUAGGCGCACUUUGUCCAGGGCCAUCACUCUACUGGAAUCCAGCCACCCAGCGCACAGGAACGAAGGUCAUUACGUCCUCUCUCAAGCGAUGAAUUUUCUAGCUGAACGAGAAGCGCGAUCCGGAGCACUGUCACUUCGAAUAGGUAUAUCGGGACCACCAGGUGCGGGCAAGAGUACAUUUAUCGAGACCCUUGGAGGUCGCCUCACUGGCACGUUACCUUGGCUCCAAGAUCAUACGGUGCAAGCUGCUGGAGACAAUUCACAGAAUACCAAAUCAGCACCAAUCAACUUCGGUAAGCAUCGUGUUGCUGUGCUGGCGGUUGAUCCUACGUCUUCUGCAACCGGUGGUAGCUUACUUGCAGAUAAAACCAGGAUGCAGGAACUUUCGCGCGACCCAAGGGCUUACAUUCGACCUUCACCUAGUGGUGGUAACCUUGGCGGUGUUGCAAGAUCGACAAAUGAAGCUGUGGUUUUGUGCGAGGCAGCUGGUUAUGAUAUCAUUCUAGUGGAAACAGUGGGUGUUGGUCAGUCAGAAACUGCUGUGGCUGACAUGGUGGACCUUUUUAUCCUUCUCAUCCCUCCUGCUGGUGGUGACGAGUUCCAAGGCAUCAAACGUGGCAUCGUGGAAUACGCAGACAUCGUUGUAGUCAAUAAAGCAGAUGGGGACUUGGUUGCGCCUGCCCGACGCAUCGCUGUGGAAUACUCCCACGCUCUUCGAUAUCAACGACAGCGGCGACCCAACUGGCGCCCCUUGGUUUUGCUUGUAUCCAGUCGCGACGGCGUUGGGCUACCUGAGUUUUGGAGCAAAGUCCUGGAGUUCCAAGCCAAGCAACUUGCAUCUAAGCAACUGCAGAAAAUACGGAAGCAACAGCUAACUGUGUGGAUGUGGAACUACAUCAAGGAAGGCAUUUGGAGGUAUUUCCAUUCCCACCCUUUAAUUAGCAAUGAAAUUGGGAAAAUGGAAACAAAGGUGGCAAACGGUGAGAUUGCGCCAGGACCAGCUGCUGAGCAGCUUAUUCGCACAUUUACCCGUGAAUUGCAAGGCUAAUUUCUCGGAUCUUUUUUAAGUUAUCUCUGAUUAUCAUUUUAGCUCUUGUGCGUAUUUUGGACCGCACCUAAAAGUGAAACAUUCCGUUCUGUUUCUAGAUUUUUGUGCAUAUUAAGUCAUCAUCCUCACCAUAAAUUCCUCAGCUAUUGUGCCGCAGUUCAGUACAAUCACAUACUC